AUGUCAACUCGACAUCGUCGCUGUUAUUCAUCGUUUUAUUCACUAUCACCACCAACGACUCACAAGGAUUAUGAACUUGGAGAGGAUGACCGUUUUCAACAACUACCACAACAACAACAGAGUGGAAUUCUGGAGGAAAAUCAUCUACUAGUGCCGAAUCAUCCUCUUGCAUAUCUUUCAGAUCAACAUUUUAAAGAUAUCUUUGACAUACAGGAAUCUGUUGGAAUGAAUAAGCAGGCGAUCACCUCCUUGUCGUCUGUUCAUGGAAAUGGAGGAAUGGAUCCAAGUAGUAACAUCAACAACAGGAUGAUUCAUUUACGUCGGAGCAGUUCUUCCUUGUUCUUUUCUUCAUCGUUGCUGUUUGAUGAUGAUUCUCGUGGAGAUGAUGAAGAAGAAGCCUCUUCUCUCACUUCUAUAGAUCUGAAUGAAGAGAAUCAUGAAGAAUGUGCUUCUUCUUCAUCGGUUGAUACUUCUUCGGAUGAAGCUGCAUCAUCUUUGAAUUUACAUCAUCCACAACCACAACAACACGAGCACACAUCCACCACCACCACGACAAGUGAAAGUCAUUCAGUGCCUUCGCUGAAUCGGAAAUUGCAUCAAAAAUCGUACUCCUUUUCAAUUUUGAAUGUAUUUGGAACGAAUCAUGAUUACAAUGAUGACAUUCCGAAGAUACCAUCUCACGACACAGAAAGCAAGCCUCACCAUACCAUUCAUCCUGAUAAUAAUACCAAUCCUCCACAAGAAAUGCACAAAGACAAAUCGCAACAAGAUUUUUCCACCUCCACCUUCUCUUUCAAUUUUGAUCAAAAUUCCAAAAAUUCCAAAUCCAAUUCUCCUUCCCUUUUGACAUCUCCACAGAACUCACAAGACAAAUUUUUAGUGUGGUGGUUUGCAUUCUUUAUUUUAUUGAUUCUUUUGGUGGCUAUUUCUUUCGGAUUAAUGACAGCAAUACCUGAAAUUAAAAGAAAACGAAUUGAAAAUACACCCUAUUGGGAUGAAACAUUGAAAGCUAAGGAAGAAAAACGAAAAUUAGCCAUGCAACAUGGAAUGUGGCACAAUCUUACGGCAGUAGUUCUUGAAGCAAUGAAUGUUCGAAGUCGUGGAGGUCCUUCAGCCUCCUCUUCUUCGUCUACUAAGACGACGUCGUCCCAUACGAAACAAUCACCAGGAGUGUCGCCUUCCAAUGCAAUCUCAUUACCUUCUGGAAUACGUCCAUCACCUAGCAAUUUGUCAUUCAGCGAUCGUCAAAUGGAACAUCUCACUCUCCGAAUGAGAGGUCUCAUUGCAAAUGCAUUGAAAAAGUCGUCACAGCAGCAAGAACAAGUGUCAGCCCCUCCUGCUCCUCACAUGACAUCAUUCAAAUCGCAUGCUGCUUCUAGAAUUGCAAUUAUUGAUGAGUAUCGAAGUGCUGACAAAGAGGACGAAGAGAAUAUCAUCACUGACCGCGAUCCAAAGAAGCUCCCUUUCAAGAAACAACAACAUGAUACAAGCUCACAAUCUAAUCAAGAAUCUCAUGAUUCUUGGGAAAAUCUAGAUUAUCCAUUUCUUGACUCUAAUGACAUAAUUGAAAAGCAAUAUUUUACAAAUCAUAUUUUAUUGUCACACGACCUAAAUCCUUUUUAUAUUGUGAAUUCUUCUGCAUUGACAAGUUGGAAGGAUUCUUACAAAACUCUGCAUUUGAAAUUUGCCACCGAAGGUUUUGCACCAUCUCUACGACCGAUCGAUGAGAAAUUCGAAGAUACAUUUUUCAGAAAAAUUCUAAUUCGAGAAAAAUCCAUUUACAGUAGAAUGUCGAACUCACAACUCAAAUCACAAUUUUUUGGUCUUUCUCUCAAGCGAAGAAUUGCAAAUUCCAAGUUUGUUGAUUGGAGAGCUAAUCAAUUGUUGUAUGAAAUUGACCGCACACAUGAGAACGACGGCUCAUUCCGAUAUCAUGUGACCACGAAGCGUGCUUCUCUCAAAGUUCAUGUGAAAUUUAAUGAUGUGAAAUAUAGAGAUGACUUUUUGGAAUACCCUCGAGUGACAGAAAAGAGCCGAGAACGAUAUUGCAAGAACAAUUUUUGUGGAACGGAUGCUCAUGAGGACAUGACAAAAUUACACAGUAACACUCACAAUGCCUCAAAUCUUUCUAACACUCAUAAUUUAUGCGUUAUGUGUGAAGCAAACAUUCCAAAAUCGCAAAGUUCACAUUUUUACAAGGGACUCUGCUACAAACCUAAUGUGGAUUUAGCCAUUGUUUCAAUUGAAAAUGGAAUUCUCGAUUAUGGACUGCAUGAUCCAUCGAAAGUCUUUGCAAUUUUUGACAGUGACGGAAAUUUAUUUGCUCAAGAUCCAAUUUCAACCACACGCACAGUUUCCACACAAGAUUCCAAAUUCAGAAAUUACAAUAUUGAAUAUCAUGCACAAUUAGCAAGCAUUGGACCCAUCCAAAUUUCCUCAUCGCCAUCACAGCCUGAUAAUUUCUUUAUUGAAAUUGUGCCACGUUUAUUACUUUUGGAUUCUUUUCUUCCACUCGAAAUACCCAUCAUUCUUCAUGAAGGGAUUGGAAUUGAAAAAAUUGAUCUCAUGCAACAAUUUGGAAUGAUUUCACCAGUGAGACAAUUUCUUUUCGUCUCAACGUCUGGUGUUCCUACUUUUCACAUGGCUCAGAGAUUGUACUUUUUAUAUUCGAAAGAUGUUUCAGUUGUGCCACGAACACCCGAUAUUGCCUUACGAGUGGCUUCCAAUGUGAUGAAUAAGGCACUUCAACAAUGGACAUCAUUGAGAAAGGAUCAUCAGACAAGGCAACAACCUCACAAUGCUGCAACAACAAAAACAGAGAAGGCAACAUCAUCUAAAUUGAAAGAAACAGAGAUUAGUACUGAGGAGAUCUCACAAAUGCACAAACCAUCCACCAUGAUGGAGCAUGUUCUAUUUUCAUCACAAAAAUCUUAUAUUCUUGUCGUGGAGAAGGAGAGUAGUAUCAUUAAUGUUGAUGAUGAUUCAACUACAGGUUAUCAUUUAGAUUCAUCCAAAAUUCACAACUUUUCCAAUCGAAAGGAAUUUUUCUCAACUUUACUCGAAUUUUGCAAUUCCAAAGGAUUACAAUUGGUGCAUUUGAAAAUUCCAUCUUUAAGGAAUGACACGAUGAAUCUCACCUUGUUCUCUUCCAUACACCACGGUGAUGUACAACCACAACAGCAGCAAUUCAAUCUUUCUUUUAUUGAACUCGGAAGAUUAUUUCAUCAUGCACAUGGUGUGAUUUCACUCUUUGAUUUUCCACUUUCUCAUUAUUUGCUAUUUAUGAAAUCGUCAUCAUCGUCCUCUUCCGCUUCUCAAUCACCACCACCACAUGCCGUUAAUAUUCUCGAGAUUGGAUCAAGAGAAACACUGAAUCAUGAAAAUUAUUGUGUGGCGAGAGCAUUGGGAUUGGAGUAUAAUGCGAAUGUUGUCACAAGCAGUGUUGAACGAGAGGAUGAAAUACUUUAUCGAAUAGAUGUGGAAGAGAUGAUUCAAAUUGUGUCCACCUUCUAG